UCAUUUAUCCUCCAUCACUCUAUAUCCUUUAUUUUCUUCUUCUUGUCCUUUGUUUCCCACCCUAUCUCUCCUCCAUCAAUAUAGCUCACCGACACCAUAUAAAUAUCAUCUUCUUUAUAUAUAUACUUAUUAUACCAAUCAUAAUAAUCCCUUCUUUAAAUUCAAACUAUCACCAAAAAAUAUUUGAAAAAUGUCAAAUGUUAGCCAUAAAAACCCUAAUUUUAUCUCAAAACCUCCCCAUAAACUAAGCACUAAACAAAGUGAAGUAAAAAAUAAACGUUCCAAAAAAUCACCCAAAUCCAAAAACAAAAUGAUGGAUAACAACAAUAAUUAUCCUAAUAAACCUCUUAAGGUUGUUCACAUAUCUAACCCUAUGAGAUACCAAGUCACCGCGGCCGAGUUUCGAGCCCUUGUCCAAGGCCUCACGGGCCGCGAUGCUGUCGUCGAUUGGCCCAAUAAACCCGUCCGUGGUGACAACGACAUCAACCACCACCAAACAACGGAGGUUGAAAUAGGUGGUGGUAUGAUUAAUAUUAGUGAUAAUAAUUCAUAUGGUAAUAAUGCUAAUGAUGAUCAAGUUUUACUUCAACAAGAUCAAGAUCAUGAUCAUGAUGAUCAUCAUGAAGAAGAAGAUGUGGAUUUAUCUGCUUGUUUUGAGCCGUCUGAUUAUCUUAGUUAUGAUUAUUUUGGGCCUUUUCAUAGUUAUGUUGAUGUUGAGGAUUUGGAGAGUACUUUCCAAGCUUUUAUUUAUGGUUGAAAAUGAUCAUAAUUAGCUGAAUAAAAGGUAUUAAUCUUCAAAUAAAAUUGUACGUUGGUUUUUUUCUAUCAUGUAAAUUUUGUUAGUUCGUUAAGCCCUGAGCCAAGAAAAAUAGUUGAGAGCCAUUUAUAUUGUAUUUUUCUAGAUGAUGUUCACUAAUUAAUUAGUCUUUGUAAUUUGGAUUUUUUUUAAUGUGUUAA